AAAGAACGAUUCGCUGAGGAAUCGGACAUCGCCAGAGCGGAAAAGACUAGAGCGGUCAACGUCCAUUUCUCUCCCAGAUCCCCUUUCUGUCGGCUGUAAUGUGGAUGUGAACACAGACUGGCAGCAAAGAGAUGUGUGAUGAAAACCAGUCCUAAAGCAGGGCAAGGCCAAUCAGUUACUAUGAGCAGUGAGCUCAAUGUGCCGAUGGGCUCCCCCACGCUCGGGGGCUCAGACCGGCUGCAGGAUGGUGGCGGGAUGGACUACAGGGACUGGGUUCGCCGCAGCUAUCUGGAGUUGGUCACCUCUAACCACCACUCGGUCCAGGCUCUCUCAUGGAGGAAACUCUACCUCAGCAGGGCCAAGCUCAAAGCCUCCAGCCGAACCUCAGCCCUGCUGUCUGGCUUUGCCAUGAUUGUAUUUCAGUGA